AGUUGAGUCUUGGAGUGAAAGGUUGCGUCAAGAACGUCUUUGUGAACGUGCUCAUAGUGUGCGUUCGACCUACAAAGUCUUCAGAAUCAGAGGUAGGCUCAUUAUUAUAUAAAACCGACAAUGUGCUGCGUAGCAGAAGUAGUAAAUUCAAUGAAGUAGAAGUGCUAGACGAGCUGGUUCUGUUGGAGUAUCAUGUUGUAACCACGCAAGCGCAACGACGCCGACGUAUUCCUGUUGCUCCCCGGAACGUACCAACUGGUGUCUUCCAGGAAAACGCAGCUUUCGUGUUGAACAUACCAUCCUGGCCGUGCGUAUCCCGAUUCGUGUCUCGGAUUUCUAUAACAGACGCACCUCGCGCGUCGAUAAGAGCGGCAGUGUUGCAGUGAAGCUGACGUUCCUGAAGAACGUGACUGCCACGGCAAAUCCCGCAAAAUGGUGCAGUAUCACCGAGUGGAUGCAGAGAACCCCGCAACGGCCGACCCAGCCAACAGUCCGGGCAGCGCCGCACAGCAAACCAAUCUGCAGAGACUAGCGACACCCGUACCCUAUGGCGUCCUGUUUUUUGUCGCAGGAGUCAGCGCGAUGUUUAGCGCAGUACUGGCAGCGCUCUGGUUUUUGAUCAUUCCUUUCGCCUUCGUCGCCUUCCCGCUGGAUUUCUUCUCGGAAAUCUACCUGUUCUUCGGCGGAGCGGUAUAGAUACAUACACGGCAUUUUCCUCAGUGAGUUUGCUCGCAAGAUCAACGAUCUUUUUAUCUGUAUACUAUUAACCUGGAGAUUAACAGACGAAAGGCGCACAAGUGGAAAUGCAGCAUUGCAGCGGGGGAUACGAAUGCGCAGAUAGGGAGCGAAAGAUUUGGCGAUACGAUAAUACAUGGCGGCUACGGGCUACCGCACACAAACGCGCGCGGGCGGGACUUCGCCAAGACCUUGACCGCCGGCAAUCUGGUGCUGGUUGGGACCCAUUUUCCGCCGGGGCAGGGAGCCACUUCGGCAACUCGCGAAGGCAAUGAGAUCGAUCAUUUCAUUGCGCCGGGGCGGCAUUUGGCGCGGCACCGGGCGUACGCACGAUUUGACUCGAAUGGGAAGCUGCCAGACGGGAGCCAGGCCGCGCCGCGCAAACUUGACCACCUGGCGAUCGAAGCAGCGGUGGACAUCAAAUCGAAGGCGCAGCUGAAGGUCGAAGGGCAGCAGCGGCGAACGGCAAGCAUGGAACUCGACCCAGCACCGUCACCCAAACUUGUCGCGAAGUUCAACCACGACCUGCAGACCCGAAUGACGCAGUUAGGCCCGGACGGAUUCGGCAUGGAGGAGUUUCAGAACUUUCUCAUUCGGACUACCCCUUGGUUUCUGAGGAAGAAGCGACCGGGAGGGCUUCGCGUUCCUGAUAGUGACAGCCUUGUUGAAUCAGCAAAGUCGCGAUCGGAGUUUUGGGAGCAUUGCAAGACGGAAACGCUGAAGAAGACUGACCGGUGUUGUGAAAUAACACCGCAACAGAUGAAGCUGCAGAUGCUCUCCGUGGGGUCGUCUCCAACGCUGCCGGAUGGGGAGGAGCUACCGAUUGAGGCGCACAUACCGAGACUGGUUCAGAAACUCUCCGCGGAAAAUCUUGCCGAGCUAGAUGCAGAGAUUACGCCGGAGGAGCUUGAGCAGGCCGCAAAGGCACUGAGAAAAGGCGGGGCAGCGAAAGACGCGCAUGGGCUGUCGGCGGCGAUUUUCAGAUAUGUAGAUAGCGACAGCCUGCAGAUGGUGACCACCUGCCUGAGCAGCGAGCUGAAAAGGAAGAAGAUGACGAAUCUGGGGCGGGCGGUGAACCUCUGCAAAAGCACGCCGCUCUGGAAGGGCCGGGGAUGUAGGAAGGACGCCGACAACUACAGAUUUCUCAUCGUGUCGCCCUGUGUGCAAAAAUUGGUAUGCCGCGUCUACACGCGGCGGCUUUACGAAGUGCUGGAACGUUGUGGAUUCUUUCCGGAGGCGCAGCACGGUUUUCGGCAAAACCGCGGCACGGUGGACUCGAUUGCUAUCUACCACAAACUGCGCGAGGACUGCCAGCACUAUGCCAACAGUGUGCCAGAGAUGGCGGCGGUUGUGCCGCAUUUGGUGGAUCUUCGUAAGGCUUUCCCCGCAAUGGAUUGGAGGUGCAUCACCUCCAUCAUGCAACAACUGGGCCUCUCUACGACUAUCCUCUGGGCAGUGCUGCAGAACAGCCAUCGCGGGGCCGUCUACAACUUUGGAGCGGAGGACGUGUUUUUGACCCAUGGGUGUAAAGAAGGAUGCGUUUCUUCGCCUUUGCUGUUUCUGAUAAAUUACUGCGUGGUGAUAAUGCGGCAGAAAGAGUUGAUGGAAGCGAAACAGCAAGCAGCGCGGGCCGCAGGUGUUGCCAUGAAGCAGACGGCCGGCGUCGUUUUAUGGUCCAAGCCGUCGGGGAUACAUUUGAAGCGAAGUGAAAAGGUCCACGACCUUAUUAUGGCGCGGCGGGCAAGCAGACCGAUGGCAGCAGACACACACCUACAUGCGCAGCUCACAAGAACCGAUCUGACUGCCCUGCUUUUUGCGGACGACACGACCUUCAUGGCGGAGAUGGACAGGCAGGCCGUGCGAGCCAUGGAGGAGAAAGACAAGCACAAUCUCAACCAAGACCCGAAGCUGCCACCGGUGGAUUUGGAAGUUAUGGAAGCCUUCACGCAGGCGCUUGCUGAUUCUGGCAUGCGCGAGAACAAGACGAAAAGAAUCCAGGGCGACGUGACCAGGAUUGUGGCGAAGAACUUAGGGGUGUGGACGUGUCCAGAGCGUGACAUCAGCGAAAAAAUAAGAAAAGCAUGGAAGGCCUAUUUUGCACUCUCCUCGAAGCUUGCAGGAGUUGGGGGCGUGUCAAACGCCAGGCGCGGGGAACUAGUUUUGACAUUACUCCGCACGAUCCUCUGCUACGGCCUUCAGUGCAGAGCGGUGACACCGGCGGAAAUCCGGCAACUAGAAACCGAAGAAAUUAAGUUUGGUUGUCGGCUUCUGGGCCUGCCGUGGUGGACAAAGAAGACGGAGAGGAUCAGCAACGCAGAAGUCCGGCGCAGAUUACAGAUUCCGCCACUCGCUACGCACCUCAAGUUUCUGCAGUUGCGCUAUUUCGGACAUGUGAUGAGGAAGCCGAAAAGCGAUCUGACCCGCAAGGCGCUGGUGGGCCAGUUUUUUCCUACCCUGCAUCUGCCCAUGGACCAGAACCAGCCUGACUUCCGACCACGACACUACCUGCGCAGUGACAGCAACCUCAAGGAGCUCGAUCCGAAGCGCAGACACAUCCCGUCGUAUGUGGAGGAUUGCGCGGGGUAUUUGCGCAAGGAGUGUGGAAUAAGCAGUGAGAUUCUUGAUAAGUUGGUGAUGUCACCCGAUGAAUGUGAAGCCCUGCGCCCAGACCUCAAGGGCCCAAAUUCGCUCUACCACAAGAACAAGCGGACUUUUUACGUUCUAACUCGCUGGGCAUACAUUCGUGAGUGUGUGAGCGAUUGGACGCAGCCGGAGAAAGACCAAGGACGCAGAGAGGAACUGCGAGAGGAGUACCUUGACAAAUUAGCAAUGAAGUAUUUUGGCUCAAACAGCGGGGAGAGGCGCACAAGGGCGCAAAUCCGGCAGGACGCAGUUGCGCAGGGGCUUGAUCCGGCGGUGGACACCAUUGCAGCCCUGAACGGCUAUACACGACCAACCGGCGCUAUUCCAGAAAUCUUCAAGCUACGUCGAUGUCCCUGGUGCCCUGCGGAUUCGCCGCAUUUUCAGGACCCGGAGGAGGAGCCACUGAGCGGUGAGGAGAUCGCGGGUGUUCCGGACGCCUUCCAGACGCAUUGCAAAGAUAGCCACUCGGUCGCGGAGCCUGACCUUCAAUGCCGCAAUGCUUUGAUGGAGAGGAAUGAAGAGGAUGAUCACGAAAGAGCUACCGCACUCCGGGCGGAAAUCAUUGCGCGCCAUCCUGGUGUCCUCAAGGAAAAAGCGAGGAAAGGCAAACCACCGGCGGGAAGGAGGCGCGCGGGGCACGUGCCGCAAAUAACCUGCGAGAUUUGCUGUGAGCAUUUUACUUCAAGCGCUGGCGCGAUGGAGCUGCACGCGCUUGCACAUACCCGCGGCGACUAUGUCAAAUACGGGCAGCUUUGGCGGUACGGCGAUGGUGGCGAACGAAUUAAAACUAAUGAGUUCGUGCCGAGCGAACACAUCUGGGAUAGCAACCAGGGGCGAUAUUUUAUGGGCUCCAACGCCUACGUGACCAGGUGCCACGUUCCCGAAGAUGCAUGCUACAUGACGCGCAGCGGCAAGUUCGGAAUCAAAUGCAGGAAGUGCGGAACAUUCAAGAAGCAGCUGCAGGAGGAGGAUCAGCAAGUCAUCACGGAGUUCACCCGCUCGAUGAUGAAACAAGUUGACGACAUGCAGAGACAUGAGAUGGCCUGCAAGGGAAAGAAGGAAGCAAUGCCGCCCCAGCAAGCAGAUGCAGAUGGCCCGGCAAUUCCCCUGCCACCCAACAGUCUAUAGAAACAAAUAAGCGCUUACGCUAUUGCUAUAGACUAUUAUAACUCCGUAGUUGAGUAAACCUACCCUACCUACCUAUGUUUCAUUUGCAGCAGCGCGUCCUUGAAAGAUGAAAAAAUCUUCGCCAUCGAAAAUCGCAAUUCAAAUCAUAGAUGAUCGCCGUACUGGAUGCACCGCUGAACUUCCGCUGGGUGGUAAAGGCAAAAAUUGCAAUUGGUAAGUAUUGCCGGUUGCUCACGAGAAUCAGUGGGCGAGGGAUAUACCUCAUGUUCCUCUCCGGCCUCGAAUUCUCAGCCAUGUAUACCGAGGAUAUUGCAAGGACGAUCGGCAUCCUGAUUGCCCUUUACAUAGCAGCGUUGGGAUUAGUCACGCUUCUGCUCGGUGCUAUCAAGACACGGAAUCUGAAUGUGGUACUUACAUACAAAUCUUCAUUUCUUUCUUUUUUUUUCCGAAAAGGUUGCUCUGUCGUUUUGUCAAAGUCGUCCGCUUUUUUUUUUGCGCUCAACAAUGAAUAUUGAUAUUCGAUAUCGAUUGCUUUGCAUGUUGAUCCUCGUUUCCCAUCUUCAGGUCCGCACCGCAAUCCGAAAGCGCAUGUCCAGUCCCGACGACGUGCAAACAAUACUGCAAUUUUGUCGCAGUAGCAAGGAACGAAUGACCAUGGACGAGUUUGUCGAGAUGAGUGGCGCCGUGGCACCAUCCUUGAAGUGGUCACAGAAAGAUUUGAAACACUUGUUUACGUCCUUUAACUGCGAGGCGCCAGAAUCAGCCCCAACGGACACGGUCGCGGUAGAAGAUUUGCAGGCGUGGUUGCAACCAGGGGCGCCGAUGAUGAUGUGAGCAACAAUAGGGGUGCUUUUCGUUGGUAGGCACAUUUUCAAUAUCGCCUCCAGGUCCAGCGCAAUGACCCGUUGUUCCUCUGGAUUCCGAUUGUGAUACAAACUAAUUUGAGUUUAUUGAAUUGCGCCAGCUGUCAAUCAUGAAGAUUCACACAUGGAGCACUUCUCUCCCGCUUGAGUCUUCAACAUAGAGAUGUGGUUCUUGGCACAUGGCUAUGGCUUGAGAACGAACUUUUCAUGUCUCUUUCGGCCUUGCUGGUGGCUCUGUCUCUGUGUUCUCUUGAGUAACGACUGCGGUUUCCUC